AUGACUCUGAAUAAUUCACACUCGCCGAGCAAAUCAGAGGGCUGCAUGAAGGGACCUUGUAGGAUAGUAGGUAGCGUGGAAGCCCGGGCCCGGUCCCGGCACUCUGUCCAGCCUAGACCCGUUGAGUCUUUUUUACGUCAACCGCGUGGGUUUCGCCCGAGCUGUUUCGUGAUGGGCAGGACAAAUUGUCGGUCUGCCGCCGAAUGAACGCGCAGAGGCCUGGAGAUUGAGAUGAGCGAGGAGGCCUAUCUAUCUCCUUCGCGCACGCCGCCCCUCUCCCCCCCACGGCCGAGCCGAACAUGUCUUCACCCUCGCGCUAGUCCCUGGCCCCCGCUGCAUCUGCAAUCACCCUCAAGGGGGCUCCCGAAGCUUGGAAGGGUCGAUGACCGGGAUGACGGGGGAAGGUGAGGCGACGAGAGAUACCCCUUCUGCCGUUGGCAACUUGUGAACUCUUACUCGAUUCGAUUUGGCUCUGGAUUCGAUCGAGGAGGGGCUCCCAGAUGCGUAUAUAAUCUUGCGGGCGCACCCUCCGUCCUCGAUUCCUGUAGACACCUGGAUUCCCAUCAGCUUCUUCUUAACAGCGACGAACUCAAACCGCACCUCUCGGGAGACACCAGCUCAAACUUCUUUUCCUCUGAAACGCCACAUUCCAACUUCGACCAACCGCCCAAAAUGUCCAACCUUCCCGUGGAGCCCGAGUUCGAGCAGGCCUACAACGAGCUGGUCAGCACCCUCGAGAACAGCUCCCUCUUCACCCAGUACCCCGAGUACAAGACCGCCCUCGAGGUCGUCUCCAUCCCCGAGCGCGUCAUCCAGUUCCGCGUCGUCUGGGAAGAUGACAAGGGCAAGCUCCAGGUCAACCGCGGCUACAGAGUCCAGUUCAACUCGGCCCUGGGCCCCUACAAGGGAGGCUUGAGAUUCCACCCCACCGUCAACCUGUCGGUCCUCAAGUUCCUCGGUUUCGAGCAGAUCUUCAAGAAUGCUCUGACUGGCCUCAACAUGGGCGGUGGCAAGGGUGGUGCCGACUUCGACCCCAAGGGCAAGAGUGAUGCCGAGAUCCGUCGCUUCUGCGUCGCUUUCAUGCGCCAGCUCAGCAAGCACAUCGGUGCCGACACCGACGUUCCUGCUGGUGAUAUCGGCGUCUCCGGUCGCGAGAUUGGCUGGCUCUUUGGCACCUACCGCCAGGAGCGCAACAAGUUCGAGGGCGUCCUUACCGGCAAGGGCCUCACCUGGGGUGGCAGUUUGAUCCGCCCGGAGGCUACCGGCUACGGUGUCGUCUACUACGUCGAGCAGAUGCUUAAGUACGCUGGCAAGGGCACCUUCGCCGGCAAGAGGGUCGCCAUUUCUGGAUCCGGUAAUGUCGCGCAGUACGCAGCGCUCAAGUGCAUUGAGCUUGGUGCUACCGUCGUCUCCCUGUCCGACUCGCAUGGCUGCCUCGUCGCCGAGGGCGAUGCUGCCUUCACCCCCGAGCAGAUCGAGAACAUUGCCGACCUCAAGGUUCAGCGCAAGUCUUUGACCGAGUUCGACCACAAGGGCUCUUUCAUGUACAUCAAGGGUGCCCGCCCCUGGACCCACGUCGGCAAGGUCGACAUCGCCCUGCCUUCCGCCACCCAGAAUGAGGUUUCCAAAGAGGAGGCCGAGGCGCUCGUCGCCGCCGGCGUCAUUGCCAUCGCUGAGGGCUCCAACAUGGGCUGCACUCAGGAGGCCAUUGACGUUUUCGAGGCCCACCGCAAGGAGAAGGGCGCCGAGGCCGUAUGGUACGCCCCCGGCAAGGCCGCCAACUGCGGUGGUGUUGCCGUCUCUGGUCUUGAGAUGGCACAGAACAGCCAGCGUCUGAGCUGGUCCCGCGAGGAGGUUGACCAGAAGCUUAAGGACAUCAUGACUGCCGCUUUCGAGAACGGUGUCAACACCGCGAAGGAAUACGUCAAGGGCGGCGAGAGUGAGCUUCCCAGCUUGGUCGCUGGCAGCAACAUCGCCGGCUUCGUCAAAGUUGCGCGCGCCAUGCACGACCAGGGUGAUUGGUGGAACUAAGCGUCACCGUCGGCAAUACGGACGCGAUGGACCUUGGAAAAGACGGUGCGAGUUGCAGCAACCACGCCUCAAAGGCGGUGGAUAGACGUAGUGAUGACUUUGGGAUUUCUCGGUGUAACGUCCAAUUGUAUUCUGGAGCUGGCGUUGGUGGCAGGGAUAUCUGAGUUAGUUCAAUACCAAGCAUUUUGUUUUCAA